AUCUGUUGUCGCGUCAUUGAGCAAUUCUCAUCUGUUGGUCGGCAGAGGUCGCUGUAGUGUACGGAUGAAAUGUUUUGGCAUGCUAUGUAUAGGAUGGAAAUGUUCGAACAUCACUCGUUUAACUCGGCGUUCGUCCACCGGAGACUGGUUUAGCAUGUUUACUUAGAGCGCGCGCUCUUUAUAAUCCUUUGCGCCCGACUUUGGCAGUUCAUUAAAGCGACCGAGCGUCACACCUGCGUAUCGGCAUUUCCUCAUCGUCCCAUUUACGAGUUACCUGGUUUCCAAGCGCACCUGUGCGCGCAUCGUUUCGGAAGUUCUAGCUGUCUUCUUUAUUUUUGCUAUUAAGAAUUAUGUAAACAUUUUAUUCUUAAUCGAAAUUUUUGCGAAUAUAAAUAUCGUUUGCAUAUUUUUAUCAUUUUUUUUUUCGUUCGAAUAUAAAUAUCGUUUGGUGAUUUAUCAAAAAUUUAUUACUUUUUUUUGUUAUUUUUUGCGGCAAAAUAGUUUUUAAAGUUUAUUUUACAACAUUAAUUUUUUCUGCAGCAAAUAAUACAUCCGUCUUAACUUAUUAUUUUUUAUUGCAAAUAUAAAUUAAUUUUUUAUAGCGAAUUAAUGGAAUCUAAAUAUUAAAUCAAAAUAAAAAGGAAACAAGAUUUCCGUUUAAUUAAAAAACAUGAAAACAUGUUUUUAAUAAUCUCAUUGAAUAGUGAAUAUUGAAAAGUAACAAUCCUUUUUAAGAAUUGCUUUCUGAAAAAAUGACCGAAUACAAGCAGAAGAUGGAAGAUUGUGACAAUCAAAUAAUGACAGGGAAUGGCGUAGAGCCCCCUGAUUUCGAAGUUACUCUUUUGGAACCUAGGCCUUUCAGGCCUUUUAAGAGUUCUGAAGAAUAUUUAUAUGCUAUGAAAGAGGAUCUUGCAGAAUGGUUGAAUGGAUUAUAUGAAGGCUUAGAUCUGGAUGCUGAUAAUUUCUUAGAAGAGAUGGAAACAGGAGUUAUUCUGUGUCAACAUGCCAACAAUGUAGUGCGAAAAGCAAGAGAAUAUUACAGGAGUGGAGGGGCCAUUCAUGGGGACGUUCCUAUACCAGAUCGUGAUGUCGUCUACCGUUAUGAUGUUCUACCAGAAACAUUCCACGCUCGGGACAAUGUCAGCAACUUCAUCAGCUGGUGUCGUUCUUUGAACAUCAAGGAAUGCUUGCUCUUCGAGACGGACGAUCUUGUAUUGAGGAAAAAUGAACGAAGCUUCAUCCUGUGCUUGCUGGAGGUCGCCAGAAAGGGCGUCAAAUUUGGAAUGCCCGCUCCUCUUCUGGUUCAACUUGAGCAGGAAAUAGAUGCCGAGAUCGCCAACGAUGACGAUGGAUAUGAAACACUGCAUACCAGGCAGCAAGUCGUCACUAAUGAUCUCAGGAGCUUACAUGAAAGGGUUGUAGAUCUACUGAGCAGAUGCACAUGCCCUUCACAGUUUCCCAUGAUACGAGUUGCCGAUGGCAAGUAUCGAAUCGGAGACACCAAAGUACUUAUAUUUGUUAGGAUUCUUCGAAGUCACGUGAUGGUACGAGUCGGAGGUGGCUGGGACACCUUGGAACACUACUUGGACAAACAUGACCCUUGCAGAUGCAGAUCUGGGCAUCGAACAUCCACAUCUGCAAAGCUAACAAUGGUGCAAGGCAAGAGUUCCAUCCCCAGUAUGCACGUGACGUACAAUAGACCACCUCAGGCACCGUCUAGUACUCCAUCAUCCCCUCAAAGCCACCGUCGAUCUUUAUCCUACAUGUCCCCAACUCCAGCAAGACGUUGUCCCCACCCUUCGUCAUCUCCGCCCACCACUGGUCGACCCUUGCCACUCCAGCCUUUGCCAUGCAGUGAUGAUUCGUCCACUUCUAGUCUCCAGGACACUCUAGAAAGAAAAUCUCCGCCCAAAAGACCACCUCGUCGUGUCUCCAGGGAAGGCGCAACCUCUUCUGAUGAAGAUGGCGAAAAUUCUGAUGAUGACACUUUCAAGAGAAGACCAAGACGAUCGAUCGAAAGAAGAGAGCUUGUCUUCAAGGACACUGUGCCUUCCUCCUGGAAAUACUCACCAGGUGUGCCGAGAAAAGACUAUUCACAGCAACCGGUGACUGUCGCUUUUGGGGCAGGCAUACAGCGAAAGAUGAGUGAUGGUGGCAAUUCGAACAGCCGCUUACCUGCUUUGACGCCUAGGAUUGAGAACAAACAGCCACCAAAAAUAGGGAAAGUUUCGCCGCAACGCCAUUAUCAGCAAAACUGGAACGAAACUCGUUCUCAAAGCUCAGAAGAUUUAUUCCAAACUCCUUCAUCAGGUCCAGCGCAAACGAAGAACCUGAUAUUCCAUUCCAGAGGCCCAUCCCCCGUGAAUGCCAAAGGAAGAAACGCAGCCAUUAUUGAAAGCAGUUUCAGAAGAUGCGACCCCAAGAGACAUUCUUCGCCAAGAAUCAACCAACGACCAAAUACCAAAAUGCAACUUUCGCCUCCGAAAUUCCAACCCAGAACAACUGUGAUGCAACAAAAUGCCCGCAACAUACAACAGAACAAUCAACAACAACAACCUACAAGAAGAAUGUUUUGGUCUCCUGAAAGACAAUCUCUGCCCAAAACUGUUUUGCAGCGAAAGAACUCUGCCCCGUCGCCUGAAAAAUUAGCAUCUCCUGUUGUUGAAAAACUUCUUCAGCAUAGUGACCUCUGUAAUGAUAAGAAUUUUAUCCAAAAAAUUGAACAGCUGAUCGAAGAAUUCCAAGCCAAGACAAAAUUCGAUGAUUCUAACGAUUUUGAUGGCGUGAUUCAGUAUAAUUCUUUACCAGUCAAUCUUAAUGAUGAAAUAGAUUCGAAACCUAUUCGUCUGCCACCUAGAAAAUCACCAGUCGAGAACAAUUCUGGCAAAUCGCCAUCAAAAAUACCUUUGCCUGUCUGGUAUUCUAAAUGCCAUUCUUAAAAGUGUUCUUUACGAAUAUUCAAAUUGAACAACAGAUACCAUAGUUGUUAAAUUAUCAGUUCCCUGCUGAUAAUUUGAUCGAAACACGAUUUGUGAUUUGAUAUCGCUCGAUUUGUGAUUUUAUAUCGUUCGAAGCCUUAACAGAAUGAAAUGUUAGUGAGAAAUGCGAUCAGGUGUAUCUAUCGCAUUACAAGUUGUGUAGGCACAUAUAUUUUUGCCUUGCCUACAGGUCUAGUCAGGAGCCAAUUAGAGGUAUUUUUCGAGUUAUAUGUUGUGUAAGAUGAAUAUCCCGCAGACUGGAAGUCAAAAUUGGGAUAAGCGAUUUCGCUAAGGUAUCCUGACUGUAUAUUAGACAAAAGACUGAUAUUUUAAAUACACAUUUAGAAAAAAAAAUGAUAAUGGAUUUUUCAGUUCUCAUAUUGCAUUUAUACAGUGUAUGAAUGGAACUUAAAAAAAAUCGAAAUAGUUCGUCUCCAGUUUUUUUAUUUUAUUAUAUUUUUUCUGAAAAUCUUCAUUUGAAUCUUUAUUUUACAUCUACACAUUUUUAUGAGAAAUUUAAAAUAUUAAUCAGUUGAAGUAAGUGUUAUUUUUCUCUCAAGACUGAUUAAAGAAACUCACACAUUAACAUUUUUUUAAUACUAUUUCGUUAUUUUUUUUUGUGUGUGUAUGAAGUCAUUAAUGCUGAAAGUUAUUAUCUUUAAUAUGUGAUAUAAAUUGUUUCGAAAGCUAUUUUCUACAUAAUAUUCUGAAAGUAAUAAUUGAUUGUUUCCCAUUCGUAUUGCUAAGUCAAUAAUUGUGUUGCAAAAUUAAUGGUAAAUUUUUGUGACUUGUUUUUAUUUUUGAGUAUUCAGUUAAUUUAUUCUAUGUAAUAAAACAUAGAAUUUUCUAACAUCUAGUAACUACAAAUAGCAGUGAUUUGCAUUUCGAAACUUAAGUUACAUAUAUUAGAAGCUUGUUUUUAUAGUAUAAAAUAAUACGAGAGAUGCAAGACUUAUUUUAUUGUCCACGGCUUUUAUUGAAGGUGAUUAUUGAUAUAUUUUGAACAUUCCAGUUAUAUUGAAUUGCUGUGUGAUUUUUUUUAUAAUAUCCUUUAAAUAGUGAAUGGUUGAAGCCAGAAAUAGCCUUCUGCUUGCUGGAAAUGAUAUUUUUAUAAUUAAAUAUUAACAUUUAAUACAUUUUUAAUAUAUGCUUAGUUAUUAACUAAAAUUUUUAAUUGAAACCCCCGAAGUGCCAAAAAUGAUUUCUGCGGGUACUUAAGAACUUAAGGAUAUUAUUUUCUUGAUAUAAAUAAUGCUACUAACAAAGUAUUAUUUUGUAAUAAAUGAUAUUUUCUAUUCAGAA